AAUGUCCAAUAAUAUACUACUUACUAACUAAGCGAAUUAUUUGAAAAAUACUCAACUUCAAAAUAAAAAAUUUGACAAAAACACUGAAAAUAAACGAGUUAUAUUCAAUGGUGUAUAGUAGAACAAUGAAUUUAAGUGAAACAUGGCGCCUAUUCAACUGGAUUACUUUCGCUUGCAUAUUGAAUAUUGAAAUGCCCAGUUUUUGUGAAAUUAUUAAUAUGCAAUCAAAUAUCGGUGGUCAGAAUUAUACUCAGCAGAGACAACUUUACAAUAUUAUUCAUGGAUACUGGAUAACUGAGAAUAGUGAUUAUAACAAUUAUAUUAACGAUAUUUAUAAUACUACUUAUAAAGAUGUAAAUAGUAUGCACAAUUCUAUCGGUGAUGAAAAUUCUUCCAAAUAUCCGACAAACAUAACUGUGCAAGAGCAUACAAAACAUGUUCGUUUCGACUGUCAUAUAACGGAGAAGAAUAAAAUAUCGUCGUACAGAUGGUUUAAGAAUGGAAUAGAUAUAAAUUUCUAUCCUGACAUCCAAAACCGUUAUCAAAUUUUACCUAAUGGCAGUCUCUAUCUCACGCAGAUUAGUCGAAAUGACACUGGUGUGUAUACCUGCCAGUCAGCUUUACACCAUUUGAAAAACAAACCAGCACAAAGUGAACAUCAACAUCAUAUUGGAUUAACGAAUGAAUUCGGCGCACGACAAUCAGGUAAUUACAGCGAUACUGGUAAUGUACAACCAAACAUCGGGAAGAAUUUGAACACUUCUAUAUGGCUAAAGGUGCAGUAUAUUCCAAGAGUUCACUUUAACACUACAGAGAAUCCAAUAUAUCUAGGAAAAGAUGGUCCAGGACGUCUCCCGUGUACAAUAGAUGCUUCACCUUCAGUGGAUUUAAUUGAAUGGCGAAAAUUAUUCAAUUCAUCAGAUACAAUGAAAUCUAAUUUCAUGAUAAAUCAUUUUCAGAAACGACAAAAAGGCGGUACAAUUCUACCAGUUGAACAACUGUUGAAAGAUGAUAAAUCUAUUGUGCCUUACAUUAUUUAUUGGUAUGAAUGGGACACUGUCAAGGAAAUUGAUGCUGGGUAUUAUCAGUGUCGAGCUCGCAAUACGAUUGGCUGGAGUCUUUGGUCACCACAGCUACAAGUGAUUGUUAACGAACUACCCUACUUCACAAAGAAGCCAAAUUUAAUUGAAUUUGUAAAAAAUGGUCAACCAGUAGUUCUACAGUGUCAAGCCAAUGGACAACCAAAACCUGUUAUUCACUGGUACUAUACUAAGUCGAAUCAAGGAGAAAGGGCUUGGUUAAAUUCCCUUAUUCCAACAAGUUCAAAUAACAACAGAAAGGUAUACGAGACAGCAUUGGAAGACACAGAAGGUCAAGAGGAUGACGACAGAGGAAAGAAAGAUGAACAGUCUUCCGAUGAUGAUGAUGAAAUUUCCAACUCCAGUGAAGAGAUAAAAGAAUUCCUUACAGAAUAUGGGGCAAAACAGAAACAAAAACUUGUCGAUUAUAGUCUACCGGAUGGUGUGAGUAGACUGCCAGAUGGUGCCCUUCAUAUUUUCAGUGAAAAUGUCUCUAAAAUCACUGGACAAUAUUUCUGUAUUGCUGAAAAUCAAAUUGGUCGCAUUUUGACUCCAGUAGAGUUGAAACAAGAUCUUGUAGGAAGACCGACGAACCAAAUUGUCUACAAUAUUGUUUUACAUGUGAAACCCUUUAUUUAUUCAGCUUUUUUGUCAUGGAACAAAGUAUCUAGUUUGCAGUCUAUUGACAGUGAGGAAACACUGUGCUAUUAUGUAAUAUAUCAUAUGCCUGUUAGAUCAGGAGAAGAUUGGAUAGCAACUGUUGUGCAGCCUAAACAUUCAAACAGAAUACGAUUAAAUGGACUUAUUCCAAAUGAACUGUAUGCGUUUCGAAUAAGCCAUUGGUGUACACCAUCAAAUCAAAGUUAUUCAAGUAGUUCAACUGUGUUAAUUAAAACGGAAUCACCCUUGAAAUUGACCUCUGGAUAUAAAGAACAAUUCGAGGAAUUGGAGAAAGGUAUCCCUAAACCACCAACACCACAUUCAUUAAGACUUCAGAUAAUCCAAGCUGAACAACAAGAAAGUGUUUUAAUGUGGAAAACCCAAAGCAAUCCUCAAUUUUCUGCGCUUCAGCUGAAUAGCCAACAUCAACAGCAACAGCGACAAGAACAGAAACAAACUGCCCCAAUUUUAUUUUUUCAAGUUGAAUUCAUUAUUUGUACAUACUUAAACAAUCUUUCAUCUGGACUGACUAAUUGUUCUGACAGUAAUACAGACAUCUACCAGUGGAGAACACUGGCGCCAAUACGUUAUCCUAAAUUAACAUUUGAAAUAAAUUCUCAUAGUAAAAUAUUAGAUUUAACUAAAAGUAUUAUGCUCCACGAGAAUGAACUGGAGGGUGUUGAUAGUGGCGCAAUAAAAUCGACAAUUGAACAUAUUCAAAUCAAUUCAUUUUUAACGAAUUUAUAUUAUCAUCCUUUAAUAUAUGAGCUGAGAUUUCGUGUCCGAUCAUUUGGUUUAAUGUCAAUGAGUGAGCCAUCAAAUGAACUGAUUAUUAAACAUCCAUUAUUGUCAUCAAUCUUAAACUCCCUCAACCAAACACUUCAUUAUGAACAUUAUCUUAUAUACAAGGCAAUUCGUCAAUCCCUAUAUAAUUCUAAGCAACAUCAUAACCAACAGUCUUUCUCCAGGUCAAUAGAUAAAACCUCAACCAAGACAUUGCGAAACAAUACACAGCCACUUAGCGACAAUAAUUAUCAAACACAUAAACAAAUCAAAGGUUACUGGUAUAUUUACUGUAUAAUUCUAGUCUCAGGAUUUCUCUCCUUAUUCCUUCUAGUUUUUAUACCACAAAAAGUUCUACGAAAAUUUAAACGAAAAGUUCACAAUCGCAAAGAUACCAACUCAUCAGAAUAUCAAAUGGUAUCGAAUUCAAGUCACCUACCUGGAACACACGUACUCCUUCAAACUUCCCAUGAAAAUCCUCUUAAUAAUAAUAAUCAAUACUAUCCUCAUGAUACGUUUUUGUACAGAUCACCAGAUCUAGUGUAUGAUCCGAAGAAAUAUAUCAUCAAUGAAUUUGAUCAACGACAUAAACCAGUGGAUGUGAAUAGUGGUAAUUUUGAGGUUUAUACCAAACAUGACAAUUACAUAAGCAAUGAGGAUAUUAAUCCUUAUGAUGAGAAAACAUUGGUACAGCCGUAUGACUUACAUGUAACCAGUCCAAUAGAAUAUCAAAUGAAACCAAACGAGGAUAGUUGUGAACAGGUGUAUUUAAUUAUAUCAACGCAUAGUAGUAGUAAUAAUAAUAAUAACAAUACAAGAUGUUGUUCGCUAAGUACUUUAAAUAGACAACAAACAACAGUCAGUAAUCAGGACUCCAAUGUACAGAGUGUAUGGAAUAAUAGAAGGAAUGCAGAUGAAACAAAAGAAUUUGAGGGUAUAAAGCACAGUGUUAUGGAGCCUUUAUUAUUCAGGUCUGAGAAUAUGAAUACUAUCAAACCAACGUUAACCAGACAUCCAGUGAAUGAGACCGAAAGCAUCCUGGAGUGUAAAUGUUUACCAGCAUCAGAUUUAAAAUUAUAUUCAACAUAUGUCAGUUACAAGUCACCAACACAAACAACUCCAGCAUUUAGAUGUUCCUGUCAAGAAAAUCACCUAACCAAUUCUCCUGUACAACAGCAACAUCAAUAUGAACAUGGUUCAUUGAAGUAUUCAAUAGUACCUACAGAUAUUUUAACAAUGUCAUUACCUAUGAAGUAG